GUAUAUAAAGGCCCAAGAUUUCUUGGAAAAGACAUACACUUCACCUUGUUAACUCCUCCAGUUCAACACUCAACUUUCCUGCUCAAAAUGAAUACCUUCAAGACCGUCGUUAUGGUUUGCGCCAUGUUGGUUGCUUCCUGCUCCGGCCAGUACAUGUCCCAGUCAUCAAGCAACCAGGGAGGUUCCAGUUUAAGCGGCAUGCUGGUCGGUCAAUACGCCAGCCAGGGCCAACAGGCCGCUUUGAACACCGGAGCACUUCCUCUUGAGCAGCAACGCCCAGCAGCCAGCCCAGCAUUCGUUGCUGAGCAACCAAGACCAGCGGCUAGCCCAGUCAUGCCAGCUGCACCGGCAACUAGCCAACAGAUCUGCACGUGCAUCACCAUCAACCCGGCUGCCCAGCCCGCAGCUGCCGCUUCACCUGCCGUUGAAUCCGCUGCCCCAGUGGCCGCUGCCCCUCAACAGACUUUCGCCGCUGCCCCCCAACAGACUUUCGCUGCUGCCCCCCAACAGACUUUCGCUGCUGCCCCCCAACAGACUUUCGCUGCUGCCCAGCAACAGGCGUACGCUGCCCCACAACCCGCCCAAACCCAGGGACGUUACUAA